AUGUUUAUUCAAUUUUUACUAUUAUUAAUUACUUUAGUUGUUAUUUAUGCGUUUUGUUCAAAGUUUUUAGUGCCGGUUUUAUAUUGGAAACUUCGAGGUGUUUACCAUGUGAAUUUGUAUUAUAGAUUUUUGAUUUUUUUUUUAUCGGAUGCGUCUUUUUUGGAGGUUAUUAAGAAUGAUUAUGACAGUUUUCCGGAUCGAAGAUACUUUGGAAGCUACCAAUUUCUUCGUCCAUCCCUAUUCGUUAGAGAUCUGGAACUCAUAAAAAAAAUCACAGUCAAAGACUUUGAUCAUUUCCACGACCACGCAACUAUAUCUGAUCAGACUUCUGAUCCUGUAGUAGCCCAGAAUUUAUUCGCACUAAAAGGUCAUGCAUGGAGAAAUAUGAGAGCCACCCUCAGUCCAGCAUUCACAAGCAGCAAAAUGAGACAAAUGUUCACUUUAAUGGCACAAACAGCUGAAACUUUUACCAAUUACGCCUUGAGGGACUCAAAAGACAGCAAGUGCGAAAUUGAAAUGAAAGAUUUCUUCUCCAAGUACUCCAAUGAUGUGAUUGCAAGUUGUGCUUUUGGUAUAGAGUGUGAUUCAUUAGAGAACAAGGACAAUGAAUUUUAUAGGAUGGGCAAGUUUUUCGCUUCAGCUUUCACUGGAUUAAGAGCUUUGAAAGGGUUGCUUAUUGCAUUUUUUCCUUGGAUAGUAAAAGCGGUAAAAAUAGGAGUGUUUCCUGCAUUUGUAACCGAAUUUUUCAAGAGGAUGGUCAAAGAAACUAUAAAUUACAGAGAAAAAGAAGGAGUAGUCCGUCCUGAUUUGAUCCAUUUACUAAUGCAAGCUAGAAAAGGACAACUCAAAGAAGAUGGUGCUGAUUCUGGAAAUGCCGGAUAUGCUAGUGUAGAAGAAACUGGAGCUAGAAUAGAUUCUGAUGAUAAAAUGGAAUUGACUGAUGAUCUUAUUACAGCACAAGCGUUGGUGUUCUUUUUUGCUGGAUUUGAAACCUCUUCAACGCUUUUAGGGCUAGUUGCCUAUGAGCUGGCAAUGAAUCCAGAUAUCCAACAAAAACUACAAAAGGAAAUAGAUGAUAAUUUGGAAGUUACAAACGGUAAACUUGAUUAUGAUGCCAUAUUGAAAAUGAAAUAUUUAGAUCAAGUGGUUUCUGAGACUUUGAGGUUGUAUCCUCCUGGAUUUGCUUUAAGCAGAAUCUGUACCAAAGAUUAUCCAGUCCCUGCUACACGAGCCAACGAAAAAGAUUUCGUCAUAGAAAAAGGUUGUCUACUUGUUAUACCGGUAUACGGUAUCCAUACGUGUCCAGACUUUUUUCCCAAUCCAGAUAAAUUCGAUCCGGAAAGGUUUAGUGAGGCCAACAAGGCAAAUAUUAUUGCAGGAACUUAUAUGCCUUUUGGAAGUGGGCCGAGAAACUGUAUAGGUUCAAGAUUUGCCCUGUUAGAAACCAAAGCAUUGAUAGUGAGUUUACUAUCAAAAUUGGACGUGGUUGUUACAGAAAAAACUGAAAUUCCAAUCAAAUUCGCCAAAACAGUCAUAUUGAACCCGAAAAAUGGUAUUUGGUUGGCUUUGGAAAAAAGGCAGAAAUAAUAAUUUGGUACUUUUGUGAUAUGUAUAUUUAGUUUUUUUUUUUGUAUUUGUUUGUUUAAUACUUGGUGUAAUAUUAUAGCAUAAUGAAUAUUUCCCUGAUAUUUUCUUAUUUUUUAUUAGACAUAAAAUCUUAGAAUCUUAUUGAGCAAUAAUUAAACAUCUUUCAAAAUGAAGUAUCAUCAGAAAUUCUAUCCGUUUUGAAAUUGUACAUAGUAACUUUGAAGGGGUUUAGAAGGUCGUUAGUUGAGUUCAAAUAAAAUUAUUGAAUUAUC